GCACACGAGCGGGCCCGACCAAAGUGGUGGAAGCGCUGGAAGGGCAGCACUCGGCCACGGUGGUGUGGCUGCACGGGCUGGGGGACAGCGGCAAUGGCAUCUCGAACUGGCUGAAUAUGGUGUGGGAAUCUGUGGGUGAACAAGGCGGCAACCAUCUACUCGACCUCCCACACGUCAAGUGGAUAUUCCCCAGCGCCCCUACAGCUCCCGUCUCUGUCAACCGCGGCCAUCGCUCCCCUUCCUGGUACGACAUCCAUGGUUUCAACCCCGAUGCUCCCGUGGAUGCCGCGGGCCUUGACGAGGCUGCCAGAUACAUUGCUGGGAUUCUCGAGGAGGAGAGAAGCGCGCAUCCUGACGUCACGUACAUAGUGGGAGGGAUCAGCCAAGGGGGGAGCCUCUCCCUCUACCUCAUGUGCCGGAAGGCGCUGGGAAGCUUCGCGGAUGGUUCUGAUGCUUCCGCUCUGCCCUUCUCUGCCUCCAUUGGCCUUAGCACGUGGUUGCCCAAGUGCAGGUGGGAUCUGGGGAAGGUCGGUUCCGAGCUUCUGAUCCCGGCACCUGGAGAGACGGAUGCAGCUCUUGCAGAGAGGGCUGCGAGGCAUCCUCUGUUCAUGACGCAUGGGGAAGGUGCGGUGCAGGGGGGGGAGAGGGGAAAGGUGGCAUUAGCUUUCUAA